CGGUGCGCCUGCUGUGGUCUUGUUUUGUUUUUCAUCCGUUUAGGUAAAUUUAGUUCGAAAACACGACCAACUGUUCGGCAAGGGAUGGACUACGUGGACAUUCAGGCGGUGGAAUCCAAGCUUACGGACGUGACUGUUACCCCGAUACCGAUGAUAAAGAAUGCCCACAACAACAUUGGCCACGGAAGCAGCGGCGGCAGCGGUAACAGCAGCAACUGCAACAGCCUCGCAAGCAUUAGCAUUACGGCGCAAUCAUCAAACCAUCGUAAUCUGAACCACCAAACCGUUGCAACACCAUUGCACGAUGUUAGCGCGGGUGCGCUGGCCCUGACGGUCGGAUCGAAUGCCGCCAAUCUGGUGGCACCGGUUACCACGUUCAAUCACUUUCCGAACAACUCGGGCCUUUCGAAGUACGCUCAGCUGCUGAUGGUAAUCGAGGAGAUGGGGCGCGAUCUGCGUCCGACCUACUCGGGCAGCCGCAACUCGGCCGAGCGCCUGAAGCGUCUCAUUGUUCACGCACGCAUUCUGGUCCGGGAGUGCUUGGUGGAAACGGAACGUUCCGCCAGACACAAAGGAUCGACCGUCGGCAAAUCGAUUCGGAUUAGGACCUGCACCGGUGUAUCCUCGACGGUUACUGUUAGUUCCCACAAGAUCUGCAACACCGCGCGCACCAGCGCCAUCGUUACAGUCGGUCGCAAAGUGGUCACAAUGAACGUACCGCAGUAUCCCCCGCCGAAUGGCUGCUAUACGGACAUUAAGCAAGGCAUCCUUGCGUACACGAUGCCAUUGCGCACGGACCUUGGCGAUAUACCCGGGCCACCAGUAAGCCUGCUGCCGGAGACGGACGAUAGCAAGGGCGGGAGCUCUAAGAAGAAACGCCGAGCAUACGUGAACGAGAGUGAAGAGGCUCGUGCCCGCCGUUUGGCACGCAAUGCCGAGCGUAUGCGACAGAAGCGUGCGACCGAAACGGAAGAAGAAUACCGGCUGCGGUUGUCAAAGAACGCGGAAAGCAAUCGACGGAAGCGACUGAAUGAGACUGAACUGGAGCGAACCAUGCGCCACGCACGGAGUGCCGCCCGGGAACGUCUGCGGCGAGCAAUGGAAACACCGGAGCAGCGCGCCGUGCGGCUGGCCAAGCUUGCGGAACGAAUGCGGUCUGCGCGAGCCAACGAGACAGCCGAGCAGCGGGCGGUACGCUUGUCGAAGAAUGCUACCAAGGCGAAGGAGCGUUUGUUGAAGGAAUCGCCCGAACAGUGGAUCGAGCGGAAGCGCAAGAAGGCAGAGUACGCACGUCGCAAGCGCAGUGGCCACAGCCUGCAGAACAGCUCGGCCGGCAGUAGCAGCAGCAACGAUGCGGCCAUGCACAGCGUGCUAUCUAACGACCCGACUUCAUUCGGACAGGUGACUGCGUCGCAGCUGGCCCACGGUUACUUACCGCACCUGGACCACCAUCAUCACCAACACCACCAUCAUCAUCAUCAUCCGUCGCUUACGGCCACCGACAACCCGCCGGACGUGAAAGACAUUAAAUUGAUAGCGUCACCGAAGCCGGAAGCGGAUGUGCCGGAGCACAUCUACAGCACACCACAGCUACCGUUCCUGUCGACCGAGCUGAAGCCACCCGAAUUCCGGGGCCAUCGUCGCAACAUCGACGCCGUCACAUCAUCAUCACGUCCCUCCGCAGCAGCAGCAGCCGCCGCAGCAGCCGCAGUGGCCGCAGUCUCCGGAGCACCCCUACAACAACAAACUGUCGUCCAGAGCCCAUCAACGGGUCCCAGUGACGGCGGAGUGCUAGACGAACAGCUAGCGCUAAGCAAAAGUCAACGACGGUUUUUGCACGAAAGUCCGGAGGCACGAGCGAAACGGUUAGCUCGGAACGCCGAGCGGAUGCGCCAGAAGCGGGCGGCCGAAUCGGAGGACGAGUACCGGAAGCGGAUGGCACAGAACGCGGAAAGGAUGCGCCGCAAGCGGGCGGCCGAGACGGAGGAAGAGUACCGACGGCGCAUGCAGCGGUGCGCGGACAGCAAGUUGAGCGAAGACUAUCGCAUGCGUUUGUCAAAGAACGCCGAGCGUAACCGUCGCCGGAGACAAAAUGAGACUGAGAUGGAGCGCACAAUCCGCCGGGCGCGGAGUGCCGCCCGGGAACGCUUGCGGCGUGCAAUGGAAACUCCGGAGCAGCGAGGCGUCCGCCUGGCGAAGCUGGCCGAGCGGAUGCGGGUUGCGCGGGCGAAUGAGCUACCCGAACAGCGAGCGAUGCGGUUGGCGAAGAAUGCAGCCAAAGCCAAGGAACGGCUGCAGAACGAGACACCCGAGCAAUGGAUCGACCGGAAGCGGAAAAAGGCCGAAUACGCACGCCACAAACGAAGCGUCGGUGGUACCGUGGACACAGGCGGGCCGGGACUGUCUGGCUCGGCAUCGAGCAGCGUUAGUGCGAGCACCAGCCUAAGUGUAUCGUCGAACGGAGAUACGAAUGGAUUUGCGGUUGCCGGAAACCCUGUCUACAGUGGGCUCGAUCUUCACCAACCCCUUGCACACCAUCCGAGCACGUCGCUUGUGACGUCCAUCCCGUCCACGGUAGAUCUGAAGGACAUCAAGCUGAUAGCGACCUGCAAACCAACCAACGCGCUACACCUUCCAGAGCAACUGUACGCCACUUCACACGUUCCCUUCCUUGGCACCGACCCAAAGCCACCCGAGUUUCUGACCACCGGCGGCGCCCAGAACGGUCCCCCGAUCAUGCAGCCCGAUCUCUACAAGCUGCACAUUCUGCCCUAUUCUUUCUCGUCCCCGGCGGUCGGUGCCAUGCAGCAGCCGAUGCAAAUGGACUACAAAUCAAAGUAGUCGCAGUGUGUGGCCACUACUACGCUGCACGACAUGAAAGGCCGUUUCGCUAAUCUAGUCUUCGGGGGGAAGGGUUUGGCAUAAUUUUCUUCUCUUCACAUGCAUGGAUGAAUAUUCAGUUUUUGCAUCGCAAAAGAAAGCUAGAAUAAUUUCAAACGGUAAUGAACAUUAAUUUAACAACAGCACGUGGUGUAGUAACUUUCUUUCGUGGUUGAAUGAAACAAGAACGAACAGAAAAGACUAUUGCCUGCUAAAUAGCAAUAAAUUAAUCUCCUUCAUUCCAAACGCACGGAUAAGUUCGCUUCUGGUGG